CGAUUGAACCCGAACACGAGCCAAUAUGGCAGCUGUGACGCCAUGUCGAGAAGUCUGAAAAUGACACAGUGAAUAUUCAGGACAUUUCCUGAUGUUGGCCCGGCAAAGGCCGCGUUUGACUUCUCUAAGAACUUUGUUAAUAGGUUUUUGUAUUUAUAUUGACUGUGAGAAGGCUUCAAAGAGCAUUUGGAGCUUUCGUUUCAAUGUGAAUGGAGUAAUAUGAAUCUGGACUCACUUUCAUUUGCGUUGGCAGAAAUCAGUUAUUCAGUUGCCAAUCUAACAAAGAAAAAUUUCAAAGCAAACGUUUCUGAGAUAUCACAUCUUGUCGCCCAGCACGGAGCGGAGGCUGAUAGGCAUCUGUUCCGGUGCCUCUUCUCUCACGUUGAUUUCAGUGGUGAUGGUAAAAGUAGCGGCAAGGACUUUCACCAGUUUCCUUUCCAGACUCAGUUUCUGAUUCAAGAGUGUGGGUCACUUUUUAGUAAAUCCAACUUUGUGUCAACAUUGUGCUACGCCAUCGACAAUCCUCUACACCACCAAAAGAGUUUAAAACCCACUUCGCAGCUGUUUCCCCAGCUGAGUAAGGUGUUGAGGCUCUCGCGUGUACAGGAGGUUGUAUUUGGCUUGGCUCUUCUAAACUCUGUGAGCCCUGAUUCCCGCACCUACGCCACACAGUACAUCAAGCAAAAGCUUCCUGACUUACUCCGGUCAUACGUGGAUGCAGACGUCACUAGUCGACAGGAGGGUGGGCUUCAGGACGUCUGCAUUGAAGUACUCCACCUGCUACUGACACACUUAGAGCGGGGAAAAGAUCACUUUGGUAUUGGCAACGAACAGAAGGAGGCGUUCCUGAAAACACUCAGAAGAGAUUUUCCCCGCGAACGAGCACCGGCAGUUCUUGCUCCCUUACUGUUCCCCAGCACAGAAGACAUACCCAUAGAGAAACUUGCAGAUACACACAGCAUGCCCAAGUCAAUGAUGGAUGCCUCUCUGGCAGACAUGAUACUAGAAGCUGGAUACAGCUGUACCUCCACUGUUGAAGAAUGCCGGAACCAUCUGAUGCAGUUUGGUUUCCGAGAGUUGACGCCUACCUCGGUUGCCCGUGUCCUGGGGAUGAUGGCCCACACACCCACAGGCCUUGGAGAGUCACAGCCAGCACCGACCUCAGUGGCUGUUGGCAGUGGAUGGUCAGACAAAGACAGAAUAGACACACCAGGAGUAACAACAUGGAAUGUAGAAAUCUUUGUGCAGGUUGUGAAGGAUCUUGCACCACUCCUGAACUGGAAGGAGGUGGUUAGUCAGCUGGAUCACAAAGGUUUCUAUGUGAACAACAAGAAAGGCCUGAAGCUGCUGAUGGAAGGCUUGUUCCGAGGCCUACAAGACAUCUUCCCAGUGGAAUACAUCUUCAAGCCAUGGAGUAAUACAGAGGGACAGCUAUCAUAUAUCAUACAGUCAUUGCGAAACCCGGAUGUCUUUAGUUUUGCUGACUACCCAGGUGAUACAGUGGUCAUUGACAUCCUCAAAUCUACACCCAAUGAUGAAGACAGAGAGGUUGCUACUUGGAAAUCCUUGAACCUGGUUGAGUCAUUACUGCGUCUGGCAGAGGCGGGACACUACCAGGCAGUGUGGGAUCUGUUCAAGUACCCUUCCCAGAAGUGUCCUGAUAUGCUAGUCCUUGCCCUUCUGCAAACAACACCCACAUGGAACACUAUCAAACAAGAACUGAUUGCAACACUUAUGCCAAUAUUCUUGGGCAGCCAUGCAAAUUCAGCUGUGGUCCUCCAUUAUGCUUGGCAUCAUCAGGGACACUCCAGUACAAUCAGGACGUUGAUAAUGCACUCCAUGGCAGAAUGGUACAUGAGGGGAGAGCCUCAUGAUCAGACUCGAUUGUCACGUAUUUUGGAUGUUGCUCAAGAUCUAAAGGCUCUCUCCAUGCUUCUCAAUGCUACACCUUUUGCAUUUGUGAUUGACCUUGCAUGCCUCGCCUCCAGACGAGAGUAUCUCAAACUGGACAAGUGGUUGACAGACAAGAUCGGAGAACACAAGAUGGUUUCAUUCCAGGAACCUUUCAUCCAAGCCUGCGUCACGUUCCUCAAGAGACGAUGUCCUCAGCUGGUUGGAGCUCCGGUGAAGGAAGAACUGCCACAGAUGAAGAGCCAACAGUUGCCGCCAGACACUAUUGCAACUAUGCUUACUUGCCUCAAGACUUGGGCGAACCAAGUGUCCCAAGAGUUAUCGGAAUCCAUCGCAACGAUGUUCACCAAUGCUAGUUUGAUUCUCAACCGCAACAGACAAGCCCCACCCGGUGUAGUUGGGCCGAAGCAGCCACAGCAACAGCCGCCAACAAACUUCCCUCCUUCAGGCAUGGUUAAUCCUAUGGAUCCCCUUGCUAACAUUGGCAAUGUUCUGGCACCACCCACACAGUCAGCAGUAGGCUCUGGGGCCUCCUCGGCCUUCCCUACAAGUGGGAUCACAUCAGCCUUCCCAACUACUGGUGCAUCGUCAGCUUUUCCAUCCAGCGGAUCCACAGCAUUCCCAUCUACAGGACUAUCAGCUGGCUUUCCCACAAGUGUUGGCUCAUCUGUCUUUCCUACUAGUGUUGGUUCAUCUGCUUUCCCUACGAGUGUUGGCUCCUCGGCUUUCCCCACAAGCGUUGGUUCCUCAGCUUUCCCCACAAGUGUUGGGUCAUCUGCCUUCCCUACAAGUGUUGGGUCAUCUGCCUUCCCGACAAGCGUUGGCUCUUCAGCCUUCCCAACAAGUGGUGGCUCCUCAGCUUUCCCUACCAGUGUUGGAUCGUCUGCCUUCCCAAGUAGUGUUGGGUCAUCAGCCUUUCCCACAAGUGUUGGAUCAUCUGUUUUCCCAUCAAGUGGAUCAACACCAUUUCCAUCAAGUGGGUCCACACCUUUCCCCUCUAGCGGAUCCACACCUUUCCCCUCUAGUGGGUCAACACCUUUCCCCUCUAGUGGAUCAACACCUUUCCCCUCUAGUGGAUCAACACCUUUCCCCUCUAGUGGAUCAACACCUUUCCCCUCUAGUGGAUCAACACCUUUCCCCUCCAGUGGAUCAACGCCAUUUCCAUCAAGUGGGUCAACACCUUUCCCCUCCAGUGGAUCAACGCCAUUUCCAUCAAGUGGGUCAACACCAUUUCCAUCAAGUGGGUCAACUCCAUUUCCGUCGGGAUCGACGCCGUUUCCGUCGGGGUCCACACCAUUUCCUGCAGGUGGAUCUUCAGGCUUUCCUCAGUCACUGGCUGGAUCUGUUGCACCAGGCUCUCCUUCCAAAGGCUUCUCUGGAAUCUCACAACAGAAUAACACAGCAUUCAACCCCAUUCAGUCAUUGUCGUCCCAGUUUCAAAAUCUAGGUUUCCAGACCCCAAUAUCGACAGCCAUGGGUCCCCCGAGGAACCCAGUGAACUCCCUUGCCAAUCUGAGUGCCCAGGUGGCUGUGAAACAAGGGGCAUCCUCCGCCGACAGGAUCAGCACAAGGCCCACUGGAACGGGCCCCCCAGGGGACAUGUCCACCAUCUUCCCUGAGAUGACCCAGCAGUUCAGCAAGGAAGUGGAGGACAAGGCCAACUCAUACUUCCAGCAGAUCUACAACCAGCCUCCGCACCCCACAAUGUCCAUAGAUGAAGUGCUGGAGAUGCUGAAGAGAUUCAAGGACUCACAGAACAAGAUUGAAAGGGAUGUGUUUGCGUGCAUGUUGCGGAACCUGUUUGAGGAGUACCGCUUCUUCCCCCAGUACCCAGAGAGGGAGCUUCACACCACAGCAGUACUCUUUGGGGGCAUUAUUGAACAGGGUAUUGUCACAUACUGGACCCUUGGUAUUGCACUGAGGUAUAUUCUGGAGGCACUGAGAAAACCAUAUGGGAGCAAGAUGUAUUAUUUUGGAAUUGCUGCUCUAGACCGAUUCAAAACAAGACUAAAGGACUACCCCCAGUACUGUCAGCACCUGGCAGCAAUACAGCACUUCCAGCAGUUUCCCCAGCAUCUCAUUGAGUUUGUUGACUUUGGUGCCCGGUCCCUGGAACCUCCUCCAAUGGCACAAACUUCAGGCACCCUCACCCCAACAAUGGGAGGAACGCCUGUCCCAGUACAGCCAGCCAAUAACCCUGUUGCCAGGACCACAGAAGGAGCUGUGUCUGGGGGAGGGGCUGCUACCGCUGUGGUGACAAGCGCGGGGGCGGGGUCUGGAACAACUACGGUCAACACCACCAGUACCAGACCGACACCAGGACCUGCGUUUUCCAAGCCCUCCAUCGCUACUGCCACCAACAUUGAUACCCUGCUGGCGGGACAGGGGAAGGAGGAGAUAGCUGUGCCGCCCGAGUCACUUCAAGACAAGGUCUUCUUCAUCUUUAACAAUCUGUCCCUGGCAAAUAUGCAACCAAAGGGCGAGGAGCUGAAAGAGCAAGUGGGAGAGGAGUAUAUGCCAUGGUGUUCCCAGUACCUGGUCAUGAAAAGAGCCAGCAUUGAACCCAACUUCCACACACUCUACUCCAGCUUCAUCGACGUCCUGCAGAUACCCAACAUGACACAGACUGUCAUCAAGGAAACUUUCAGGAACAUCAAGGUUCUGUUAAGGAGCGACAAGGGUGUUGCUAACUUUUCAGACCGAACGUUGCUGAAAAAUCUGGGUCACUGGUUGGGAAUGCUCACACUAGGAAAGAACAAACCCAUCUUACAGAUUGAUAUUGAUGUGAAAGCCCUGUUGUAUGAAGCUUACCAGAAGGGUGCGCAGGAGUUACUCUACGUUGUCCCCUUCAGUGCUAAAGUGCUAGAGUCGUGCUCCAAGAGCAAGGUGUUCCGCCCACCCAAUCCCUGGACCAUGGCCAUCAUGAACGUGCUAGCUGAGCUCCACAUGGAGCCAGACCUCAAACUCAACCUCAAGUUUGAAAUAGAAGUGCUAUGUAAAACACUGGGACUUGAUAUCAAUGAACUGAAGCCCACCAAUUAUUUAAAAGAUCCAAUGCGACUCCCAACAAUCGAGUGCCAGCUAUCUGCACCCAAGCCCCAGAUCGGUACGCCACUCCCACCGGCGGAAGAGUCUGUCGUGCCUAGCCUCACAUCUAUGUCUAUCCCUCCACCCAUUGUGACAUCUGUAACAACCAUGUCUACACCUACGUCCACUGCACCAGUAUCGACACCAAACCUGCCGCCACAACCAACAUACAGUUUCCAUGAUGUCAAUGCGUCAUCAUUUACAGGCCUGGCUCAGCACAUCAUUAUCAAUGAUCAGAUUGCUCUGUUGCACCAGAACCCGCAGCUGAAGCAGUAUGUGAGGCCCGCCAUCGAGAGGUCUGUGCAGGAGCUACUGCCACCCGUGGUGGAGAGAUCCAUCAAGAUAGCGCUAACCACAUGUGAACAGAUUGUCAGGAAGGACUUUGCCCUGGACCCCGAGGAGAUGCGGAUGAGGUCGGCGGCACACUACAUGGUGCGCAACAUCACUGCCGGACUGGCCCUCAUCACAUGCAGGGAGCCCCUCUUCAUCAGUAUUAACAACAACCUCAAGAAUGCUUUCAUGGCCACACUCAGAGGUGCCACCCAAGCUCAGAAGACCCUGAUUGAAGAAGCCGCCACCCUUGUGGCCCAGGACAAUGCUGAACUGGCCUGUGCCUUCAUACAGAAGACUGCAGUGGAGAGGGCCAUCCCAGAGAUGGAUAAGAGACUCGCUACUGAGUUUGAUUUGAGGAAACAUGCCAGAUCCGAGGGAAGAAGGUACUGUGAUCCUAUAGUUCUGCCCUACCAAGCUGAGAGAAUGCCGGAUCAGAUUCGACUCAAGGUGGGAGGAGUGACGCCCCAGCAGAUUGCCGUCUAUGACGAGUUUGCCAGGAACAUCCCUGGCUUCCUGCCCCUCACUGAUGCCACAUUCCCCCCCGGAAUCUCAAAACCUACACCAUCUUAUGCACCUGAUGAGAUCACUAUGAUCUAUGAGAAGAUUGCCCGGGACAUUGAGCAGCAUCUGCAGCAGAUGAUGGGUAUCCCAGCUGGCAGCCCCAUGGGGUCCCAGCUUCACAGUCUGCUGGAGGCUGUCCUCCUUGCCAGGAACUCCAGAGAGAUUGUUACAGCUAUAGCUUUACUUCAGAAGGCCGUGGAGGGUUUGCUGGACCAGUACUCCAUGAACUCCUUGACCAAUACCGACCAGGAGAUGCUGCUCCGAUUCAGGGAGUGCCAUCUUGUGGUGCUGAAAGGACUACAGGAUGCCCGGGCGUAUGGGCCACAGUGGGUCAACAAGGAGGUCACAAGAUGCUUGAUCCAGUGCCGUGACGAGUUCAAGUACAACAUAGAUGCAGUGGACUGCCUCAUCCGCAGCGGCCUGGUCAACCUGCAGCAGUACGACGUGUACCUGUCCCAGCUGAUGGAGAACGGACUCAACCACGUGGCCGUCUCCUUCUCCAUGCAGCUGGUCCAGCGCUUCUGUAUCGAUGACAAGCACAACAGCUCCGUCAGUGAGGCUGAUUUCUACAAUACAAUAGAAGCUCUUGGUGCCAUUGCGUCCCGAUCAAGACAACACCCAGAAGGCCUCUCAACACUGAUUGAGAUUAUCCGUCAGAACAGUGAUGGAGGACUCCUCGAUCGAACACCAGGUGGCCCCACAUCCAUGAUGCAGUCAGGAAUCUCCCAAGCGCGAGAGUUUGACGACCCCCCAGGCCUGAACGAGAAAACAGAGUAUUUGCUGAGGGAGUGGGUCAACAUGUACCACUCCCCUGCAGCUGGGCGGGACAGCACAAAGGCCUUUUCUGCUUUUGUUCAGCAGGUGAUGCACCAGCAAGGCAUCCUGAAGACAGAUGAUCUGAUCACCCGCUUCUUCCGCCUGUGUACCGAGAUGUGUGUUGACCUGUGUUACCGGGCUCUCAGCGAGCAGACCCACACAAGCCCUACACUCAUCAGAGCCAAGUGUUUCCACACACUGGAUGCGUUUGUCCGACUCAUUGCGCUGCUGGUGAAACACUCGGGGGAUACGACCAACACGGUCACCAAGAUCAACCUACUCAACAAGGUACUGGGAAUAGUAGCUGGUGUGCUGCUUCAGGACCAUGAAGUCCGGUACACGGAGUUCCAGCAGCUGCCUUAUCACCGCAUCUUUAUCAUGCUCUUCAUUGAGUUGAAUGCACCAGAACCCAUCCUAGAGAGCAUCAACUUUCAAGUGUUGGCAGCAUUUUGCCAUGUGUUCCACAUCUUGAGGCCUGGGAAAGCCCCUGGAUUUGCGUAUGCCUGGUUAGAGCUGGUCUCUCACCGUGUCUUCAUCGGUCGGCUUCUGGCCCUCACACCUCAACAGAGGGGCUGGGGAAUGUAUGCUCAACUGUUGAUUGACCUGUUCCGCUUCCUCUCUCCCUUCUUGAGGAAUGCUGAACUGACAAAGCCGACACAGCUGUUGUACAGGGGAACAUUACGAGUCCUGUUGGUCCUGCUGCAUGAUUUCCCAGAAUUCCUCUGUGAUUAUCACUAUGCAUUCUGUGACGUCAUCCCACCCAACUGCAUUCAGAUGCGCAACCUCAUUCUUAGUGCUUUCCCCCGCAACAUGCGGCUGCCAGACCCCUUCACCCCCAACCUGAAGGUGGACACCCUGCCUGACAUCACACAUCCCCCUCGCAUCCUCACCAACUUCGUCAACAUGAUUCAGCCAGCUUCAUUCAAAAAGGACUUGGACUCUUAUUUGAAGACAAGGACUCCCAUAUCCUUCUUGUCUGAACUGAGGAGCAGUCUACAGUCCAAUGAGCCAGGCUGCCACUACAACAUCCCCCUGAUCAAUGCACUGGUCCUGUAUGUGGGCACGCAGGCCAUCCAGUUCAUACACACCAAGGGACAGACACCGGCUAUAAGCACCAUAGCUCCUUCAUCACACAUGGACAUCUUUCAGAAUCUCGCCGUCAACCUUGAUACAGAAGGUCGGUACCUGUUCCUGACAGCGAUAGCCAACCAGCUGCGCUAUCCCAACAGUCAUACUCACUACUUCAGCUGCACGCUGCUCUACCUGUUUGUGCAGGCCAACAAUGAGCAGAUCCAGGAACAAAUCACAAGAGUGCUACUUGAACGUCUGAUUGUCAACCGGCCUCACCCAUGGGGUCUUCUCAUCACAUUCAUUGAGCUCAUCAAAAACUCCACAUUCAAGUUCUGGAGUCAUGAGUUUGUCCACUGUGCACCGGAGAUUGACAAUCUUUCUUGCAGGCUUUUCGAGUCUGUGGCUCGAUCCUGUAUGCAGCCAAAACAGACCGGCAACUCACGGGAACCGGAGACAGCUGAGGUUCACUAGCCAGAAACUUGUUUUCAAAUAUUGGUGCAAACAUUUGGAGCUUGGUCAACUUGUGUGAGACACAUGGCGUCACAGUUAGCCAGCAUUCUGGAGUGUUCAUUUAGUCUGCAGCCGUAUCAACCCUCUCACCAGUGAUGCUACUUCCCUCUUCAUCCUCACCACCAAACUGACCGGUCCAGGACCCUGCUCAGACUGUGUGGAUGGUGUGUGUCCUUCACCUUGGGAUUCUUUGUGUGGCUGGGACUAGUGACACAAGUGAUUGUGCAUUAACACUACAAAUAAGGCUCUUCGCCUACUUGCAAAUAUUUUCUUGUGUGUACAUUUUGAUGGAAUUAUGAAAAGAAUCAAAGAUGUAAGAAAGUGUCCAUUUGCUAUUUUUUCUUCCCUUGGGUUCAUCCACUGUAUAGUCAUGUGUACAAUUUGUUCAUCAUGCAUAGGGGGCGCUGGACCCGGACUGGCUCAGCUACGGAACUCCUCACUAUAGAGGUGAAAUUGUUAAUUUAAUAAUUCUGUCGACAGAUGGCGACAAUAAAUGUUACUGAUGUUUUAAAGACAGAAUCACUGGACAAUGGAGUAUGAUUUGAAGUGUUGAUUUGUUGUUAUCGUAGAAAUAAAAUAUAUUGCUUGCAGUAA